AUGACAGUAGGUGAAACAUUUCGAAUUGCUAUAAUUGGUGGAGGUCCAGCAGGACUUUCAUUAGCUAUUGGUUUGAAACGAAAAGGAUUUCAAAAUUUGAUUAUCUAUGAGCGAGAAAUAGAUAAUCAAGGACGACAUCAAGGUUGGUCUAUUUCAUUGUUUUCUCCUGAUGGUGGUUUGGCAUUUAUUGAAUAUCUUGGUCUUUUACCUGAAUUAUCAGCUAUUUCUUUUCAACCUAGCUUUCGUGCAUUAGAUGGUGAAACAGGUAAAACACUUCUUUACAGAGCUGGAAAUGAGAAUGGUAGACGAUUCAAACGAGGUGAUCUACGAGAUGCACUCUAUCAAGUUUGUUUAAGAGAAGGCAUCAAAAUAAUAUGGGAUGCACAAGUAAAAUCUUUUGAAGAAAUCAAUGAGAAAGUUUAUAUACAUUUUAUUGAUGAAACAAAACAUCAAACUGAUAUAGUAGAUCUUCUUAUUGGUGCUGAUGGUGUUCAUUCUCCUAUAAGAAAACAAUUGACUGGUGAUGUAGUUCGUUCUGCUGGUUUUAAUUCUAUUGUUGGUUUAAUAAAAAAAGAAGCAGACGGAAGUAAUAAUGAUCUAUUUGAACAUGAACUUAUUCAAAAUUCAGGUGUUUUAGCUUCUGGUCGAAAUGUUAGUUGUUGGUAUGCCCAUCAUGUUCUUCAUGAUGAAAUCUAUUGGUCAUUAAGUAUUCAAUCAGACGAAGAUUUUAUUCGUCAACAUACAAAUUAUGACAAGAAAAAACUUCAUGAUUUAGCAUUAGAAUAUUCUAAAAAAUUCUUUCCAUUAAUUCAACUAUUAGUUCAAAGAACUCCAAUUGAUCAAAUGCAAGAUUGUUUACUUUUUAAAGAUCUUGAUCCUAUGAAACAACAUAGUUCAGGAAGAUAUUGUGUUUCAAAAAGUGGAAGAAUUACAUUAAUUGGUGAUGCUGCUCAUGCUAUGAUUCCUUUUCGAGGACAAGGUGGAAAUACAGCGUUGAUAGGUGCAUGGAAUUUAUCUGAUAAACUAGGAACACUUGUAAAUCAAACAAAUAUAACAAAUGAUGAAAUUGGAGAAGUUCUUUUACGUUAUGAAAAUGAACGAAUUCCAGUGGGUUCGCAUGAAAUUCUUGAAUCACGUGAGAAUGCAGCAAGAUUUCAUUCAUCAAAUUCAGUCACUAACUUUUUUCGAAAUACUAUUAUGCGAAUGAUUAAUCUUAAAAUUCAGUUUGAUGACUGGUUUUAUAAACAAUCUUAA